AUGUCUUCAGUGAGCACAUAUUUAUAUGAAAUUAUUUCUCCAACUUUAAUGAUCUUCGGUACGGCUGGUUCUAUUAUCAAUAUAAUAGUUUUUAGUCAAAAGAAUCUACGUAAAAAUCCAUGUUCAAUCUAUUUUAUUGCAUACAAUAUUGUCAAUUUUAUGUAUAUUUAUUUUUCAUUAUUACCUCAAACAAUGAGUAGUGGAUAUAAUAUUGAUUAUACUACAAGCAGCAUAGUUAAUUGUCUUUUAGCAUCUAUUGAUCGUACUUUUAUUACUUCAUCAAAUGCUCUUACUCGGCAACGAAGUACUUGUCGACUUGCUUAUAUAUGUAUUGGAAUUGGUACAUUAUUUUGGAUAUUAUUUCAUAUUCAUGCAUUGAUUUUUACAAAUAUUGUACAAGUUGGACCAAACUCUAAGGUGUGUGCACCUCAGCGAGGUACACAUAAUACAUUCACAACUUAUUACAAUAUCAUUGAAGAAAUUAUAGUAAUUUCAUUGAUGUUAAUAUUUGGAAUAUCAUAUAUAAAAAAUAUUCGAAAUCUAGGUCUAAUCCAAGUUCCUACUGUUAGUGUUUCAGCUACCAGAGUUAAUUAA